GCUAGCGCGGCUGCCAAGGCAGCCGGCUGAGCGGCUCGUCCCUGGUUAGCGGCGCGCCUCUCCGCCUCUGCCGUCUCUCGGUAGCCAAAGCUCGUGGCCUUUGACGGCGAGCUAACAAAGUUUACGAAUCUGGUUAAGCCAGAAGAGCCAACGCGGGAUCCCGCCGACCCAUUCUGGGUCUUUCAGCUGAGAAUGCUUCGAAAACUGCGUGGCCUGAGCCUCGCGGCUCUCCGUACCUGACUCUUGGUGUGGACGCGUUCCCGCGCUUUCUAGCGUGAGGGUCAGAGGGCGCGCCGCCACACAGGCGCAGGAGCGAAGGCCGUGGCAGUCAUGAACGAGGCUGGCGGCGCUGAGGAGGCCUGUCGGCACAUGGGAACUAAAGAAGAAUUUGUUAAAGUCAGAAAGAAGGACCUGGAACGACUGACAACUGAAGUGAUGCAAAUACGGGACUUCUUACCCAGAAUACUAAAUGGGGAAGUACUGGAAACCUUCCAGAAAUUAAAGAUUGUAGAAAAAAACCUGGAGAGGAAGGAGCAGGAGUUAGAGCAACUGAGGAUGGACUGUGAGCACUUCAGAGCCCGCCUGGAGUCCGUGCAAGCAGACAGCGUGAGGGAGAAGAAGGAGAAGCUGGCUCUUCGACAGCAGCUGAAUGAGGCGAAGCAGCAGCUGCUGCAGCAGGCCGAGUACUGCACAGAGAUGGGUGCCGCGGCCUGCACCAUCUUGUGGGGUGUCUCCAGCAGCGAGGAGGUGGUCAAGGCCAUCCUGGGAGGGGAUAAAGCUUUGAAGUUUUUCAACAUCACUGGUCAAACAAUGGAGAGUUUUGUGAAGUCACUGGAUGGGGAUGUUAAGGAGCUGGAUUCUGAUGAAAAUCAAUUUGUUUUUGCUUUGGCCGGAAUCGUAACAAAUGUAGCUGCCAUAGCCAGUGGCCGUGAAUUCCUGGUUAACUCGAGUCGAGUGCUCCUGGACACCAUACUGCAGCUUCUAGGGGACCUGAAGCCCGGACAGUGUACCAAACUCAAAGUGUUAAUGCUGAUGUCCCUGUACAACGUGAGCAUCAAUCUGAAAGGCUUGAAGUACAUUAGUGAGAGCCCAGGAUUCAUCCCUUUGCUGUGGUGGCUUCUGAGUGAUCCCGACGCAGAGGUGUGUCUCCACGUGCUGCGCCUCGUCCAGUCUGUGGUGCUGGAGCCAGAAGUCUUCUCCAGGUCAGCCGCUGAGUUCCGGAGCUCCUUGCCCCUGCAGCGCAUCCUGGCUAUGGCCAAGAGCCGCAAUCCCCACCUGCAGACCGUGGCCCAGGAGCUCCUGGAGGACCUGCGUGCUCUGGAGCGUGAUGUGUAGGGGCGCUCAUGCACCAUCUUUUCCCCGGGUCCCCACUUUGUCCUCCAGAGUCACCAGCCGUGUGCCACGUUACACAUGCAGAUGUGAUGACUAGCGAUGGGUGUGAAUUGAUAUGUAUCUACAGGACUUCCUCUUGGAAGUAAAAAUUCUUGUGGGUGGUUGGUUAACCUUGCCAAAAAGGGAGCCUGAGGGAGGAUCUGUCCUUCCAGAAAGGCCCAUGUCAGCUGCAGCCGAAGAGGGCCUUCUCAGAGCGGCUCCUGCUGCCCAGGAGACUCUGAGACCUGUUGGCUCCCUCUAAAAGCGGGAGGUUAAAUAACCACCUACCCCAUUGGUCAGCAUUUUCCUGAGAUACAUGUUUUGAAAAACAGUUCAUUCUAAUGAUUAUAAUUAAUCCCCCCAGUUCACGUUUACCUUCCAACCUUUUGGUGAACCUAUUAUUUCAGAUGACAUUGGACAUUUUAGUUCUGUAUUUUUUUUGCCUCUUUUGUUUUUG